CCUACGGCUUGUCUAUGCCCAGUCAAAAUGUCGCUUUCUGUUUUGGUAUCAUCUCGCAAUAAAGGAAAUUAAUUUUCAUAAUUUAUCCAUGAUUUUGUGGUUAUUCGUGCAGUUUUUUAUUUGUAAAAUACAGGAGUAAUACAAGCAGUAGGAACAGGUGUUAAAUUCCUUGUAGUCAUGAACACCACAGCGCCAACAUCAGCUGACGCAUGCCUCAGCAUAGUCCACUCACUGAUGUGCCACCGCCAGGGUGGUGAGAGUGAGGGUUUCUCUAAAAGGGCCAUAGAAUCACUUGUGAAGAAGCUGAAGGAAAAACGAGAUGAGCUGGACUCUCUUAUUACAGCGAUAACAACUAAUGGAGCACAUCCAAGUAAAUGUGUUACAAUACAGAGGACUCUGGAUGGUAGAUUACAGGUUGCCGGAAGAAAAGGUUUUCCACAUGUGAUAUACGCUCGCAUAUGGCGUUGGCCAGAUCUACACAAAAAUGAACUGAAACAUGUUAAAUUCUGUCAGUUUGCUUUCGAUUUAAAAUGUGAUUCAGUUUGUGUAAAUCCAUACCAUUAUGAAAGAGUUGUGUCACCUGGCAUCGAUUUAUCAGGUCUGUCUCUCCAGUCGGGGCCCAGUAGGUUAGUGAAGGAUGAGUAUACAGCCGGCCUAGGGGGGAACGGAAUGGAUAUGGAUACCGGGGAGUUGGUUACCAUACAGCACCACGCCACCAGCCCGCGCCACCACCACUCCACGAUACCACACCAUCACCAACAAUUUCAGACCACUAAUAUUAUCAUAAACCAGGGACAAACGCCUGAUGGCGUACCGAACUUGUUUUCACCGACGCACGGCCCGCGCGCGCCGACCCGUCCGCCGGGCGCUCCGCCACAGCUCGCUCAGCAGAUGGUGCACUCGCCGCAGGCACAGAUGAUGCAAAACCACGCCGGACAGAUGCCCUCGCCGCAGAUGGUGCCCGGACCGCCUCAGCUACGUCCGGGGACGCCCCAAAUGGGACCCGGAACACCCCAGCUUGGUCCGGGAACGCCCCAGAUCGGCCCCGGGACGCCGCAACUCGGCCCCGGAACGCCUCAAAUGGGCCCCGGAACCCCACAGAUGGGAACAAACGUGCCGCAGAUGGCUUCGCCGAGAAUGGCGUCCGCGUCAACACAGAUGUCGCCUGGAGCGCCUCAGAUGCCCUCGAUAAGCCAAGGGAUGUCCAUACCAAGCCCUCAACAAAUGGCUAUGGUGCAGCAAAGAACUAUGGCGCCUAAACUGGAGCCGCCCGACACGAUGGACGCCCGGGCUAUGUGGCUGCCAAAGAGAAUGAACCAUUCUGCGAUGCCAGUCAGCAUGUCGCCGGGCGCGACCACGCCGUUAAUAGACAGCGCAAAUACGACAUUCUUUGCGCCGGAACCUACGACGACAGAAACCCAACUCACACAGACUUUACCCGUAGGCGCGGUGUCACCUGUGUCACCUGAAGGAUCUCAACAAAACGGCUUCGUGACCACCAGUCCCGCGCCGCAACCCAGCCCGCUGCAGCAUCAGCACCAGAACCCGCAACAGCAACAGCAGCAGCAACAGCAACAGCAACAGCAGCAACAGCAACAAGGCACGUGGACGGGCAACAACACGCUGACGUACACGCAGAGCCUGGCGCCGCCGCCCGCCGCGCCGCCCGGCCCGCUGGACGCGCCCGCGCACCACCACCACUAUUAUAACGGCAACCCCGGCGGUUUAUUGUCAAGUCAACCUGCGCCCGAGUACUGGUGUUCCGUGGCGUACUUUGAGCUGGACACGCAGGUCGGGGAAACAUUUAAAGUUCCCUCCAGUAGACCCAAUGUCACGGUGGAUGGGUACGUGGAUCCGUCGGGAGGAAACAGAUUUUGUUUAGGAGCUUUGAGCAAUGUCCACAGAACGGAGCAGAGCGAGCGAGCAAGACUGCACAUCGGCAAGGGCGUGCAGCUGGACCUGCGCGGCGAGGGCGACGUGUGGCUGCGCUGCCUGUCGGACCACUCGGUGUUCGUGCAGUCGUACUACCUGGACCGCGAGGCGGGCCGCGCGCCCGGCGACGCCGUGCACAAGAUAUACCCCUCCGCCUGCAUCAAGGUGUUCGACCUGCGGCAGUGCCACCGACAGAUGCAGACGCAGGCGGCCACCGCGCAGGCCGCGGCCGCCGCGCAAGCCGCCGCCGUCGCCGGACACAUACAGCCGCAACACCCCACGCUCAACAAGUGUCUGACUGCAGCGGCGGGUAUCGGCGUGGACGACCUGCGGCGGCUGUGCAUCGUGCGGCUGUCGUUCGUGAAGGGCUGGGGGCCCGACUACCCGCGCACCUCCAUCAAGGAGACGCCUUGCUGGGUCGAGGUGCAUUUGCAUAGAGCACUGCAACUCCUGGACGAGGUGCUGCACACGAUGCCGAUCGAUGGUCCGCGGACCACCAUCGAGUAGGAGUUGAUCGGCUUCUUUUGAGGCCUUCGAGCGACUGUCACAUGUGCAAUUUUGUUUUCGGACGACAAGUGUCGCGCAGUGUCGGACUAUGCCCGGAGUGAUCGUUAUGUGAUGGGAAUGUGUCCAAAAUCAAUGGUAUAUUAUUCAGUAUCGGUUGUUUAAACCAUUAUAGCAAUAAUUUUUAAUUCACUUAUCGAUGUCGAUGGUAAAUGUUAUCGAUAAGAUUUACUACAUGUAAUGUUGUUAAGUCGUUAUUUUCGAUUGUUACACGUCCCUAUAAGUGCUUUUACAGGCGUGACUAGUGUCUUAAUUUUUGUUUGUAAGGUUAUCGACUUAUCGAUAUUCGGUUCCACCGAUGGUGGAUAAUAUGCCAUCUUGUUUUUAAGUUUACCGAUUGCCAUAUUAAUAGCAUUUAUUUUAUAAAUUUCUAUUAUGAAUACAAAAUUGUUUUUUCGGCCCAUUGUCUUCCAAAAUUAUUUAUCAUUUGGUCUUCCGUUUAUAUCGUUUAUUUUUAUCGUAGAAACUACGUUAUUGGAGGUUCGUACAUAAAACAUAUUAAGUAUUUUUUAUUCAUAACGUAUGGACUUUUAUGUAAUUUGUGUUUUUGUAAGAUAUCAUUUAUUAGUUUUGUGUAUAAACCUCGACAUAAAAUAAAAUGUAGGAUGGACAAGCAAAGUAUUGAAACAAAUAUUGCACUAUGUGAAUAAAGUGCAUCGCUCGCGUUUAUAAGAAAAGGUGAACUUAUAAUUUAUGUCUUGUUUAUCUAUUGAUAAUUUAGUACAUUUGCGGCGGAUUCGAAGUGGUCAAUUUGAAUUAUCGUAAUUCGUAAUUACCAUCAAGUCGCCGCGUUGUAAGUUAAUGUGUAACAGUAUUGAGAUGGAACAAACUAAAGAGCAUAUAAAGGGAUCUCAGUAAAAUAUUUUUCACAAAAUAAAAGUAACGUUUAUAUUUAUGUAAGAUAUUAGUAUUUAUAAAAUGGUUAUUCGACAAACAGAGUUACAAUGGAGUUGGAUCGUAAACUGUUUAACUAUCGUUGCGUUGAAUAUUGAAAGAUUCUAAUCGGUAAUAUAUUUUUACACAAACUAUAAUGAUCUUGGAACUUAAUUGUUCGUUAAUGAGUGUGAAAAGACAGCCCGUAUGCGUCGCGAGGCAAUCAUUCGACUAAUAAGGACGUACUGCGUGCGCAUUUGCUUCCGACGAGGUGUCUUUUAAAGCCAGAUAGAGAGCUUGGUUGGGUGUAUUCACGGCGCGUACAAUUUUUUUUUAUUUAACAAAAGGCAUAACACAGUACACAAUCAUUAUAAACAAUACUUAAGCACUAAAUUGCAUUAAGGCUACAUUGUCUUAUUGACCUAUGACCUAAUUGAAAUUAUACUACGGAAACGACUUUACAAAUGACUAUGUCUAUGUUAGGAUCACGUCACACGGAAACUGUCACACGUAGCUAAACGACGUGAAGGCAACUUAGCGCCGAAUAACACGUCACGCUCUCUAUCUGGCUCUUCAAUGGCCAAACAUUACAUGCGAGGCAAUACGGUCAGAAAAAACAUGCUGUUUCAUUCGCUCCAAGACUAGGUCAAUAGAAUCGAACUAAGUUUGUCGUAAUGUAUUGUAAAGAGAAUGAUAUACGAAUUUUAAUAACCGCGAUACCAAAAUAAGGCAUUUUUCACUUUAAUUAGAAUAUAUUAAAUAUGACAAGACAUAAUUAUGGUUCAACUUGAAAGAAGCCAAAUGGGAAUUAGCUUUUUACUUAGUUGUAAGAUAUUGUAAGUUAAUUACUUGUUAGAGGUGGGCAAUUAUGAUUUAUGUAAUCUACUGACUAAAAAUAUUCAAAAUUUAGACAAUAGCUAUAAUCAGUUAAUAUUCUAAGCAUCAAUCCGAAUAAUAAAAAUGACCAAUAAGAAUAAUCACAAUUGUUUAUAAUUGAUAAAGGAACAUAAUCGAAUGAUUGUCGAAUCGAUAAUCGCCCACCCCUAAUAUAUAAGUUUGUAAUUUAUGUUAGGUGUAAUCGGAUUGGUGGGCGUUGUCGGGUAGCGCGAGGGAAGGCUGUAUUUUUGUUAGCGUGAUGUGCCUACUUAGUGAAAUUACAUGAACAUCAUAUUAAUUGUGUUUCACAAAAUUAUUUGCAAAGUUUUUUUGACGAAUAAAACAAGCAAAAGUAGUCCAAUAAAAAUGCAUUAAAAAUGCGGUAAUAUCUUCUCAACGCUUUGUCGUAUCGAAUAUCCACAACUUAUGGUGGCCUAGUAUUUGACAAAACAAAUUAUUAUAAUUAUUAUUGAAAUAUAUUCGGCAUCUUAUUGUUACAUAUAACAUUGGCCUAAUUGAAUUCAUAGUUUUCGAAACUCAAUCGACUAAGUUCAUGCAAUUUCUCUAAAAUUGUUAACUGAUUGAUCUGUGAUGUGCUAACAAAACUUGUUUAUAUGUAAGGCAGCGCGUACUCGAAGAUUGGCUAUAAAUUAGAAAAAAAAACAAUUCUUCUCGUUUGAAAUGUAAUUACGAAUCGGUACACAUAGUCGUAACUAACUUAAGAAUGAAAUGACAUAUUUUGUGUACGAAAUCCUUUGUUGUAAGAUUAUCGAUGUAAGAUUAUGAUAUAGUGGUGUUUCUGAAACUAUAAGUAUAAUGAGAUUUUUUUUUCUUGUCGUUUGCUUAAGAUUUUUUGCUUUAAUUAUUAUUACUUGCAGAUUUAUAAUUGUAUUUGUUUGAAUGAUUUUAUACGUUUAAUGUUAGUGACGAGUUAGUGUUUGUCGAUUUUUGAACAAUUUAUUUUAAUAGCCUCAUGUUGAGUGAUUUGAUAUAAUAUAGUUGCGUGUAAUUUUUAUUCUAAGGAUUAUUCAUAAUACAUAAUUAUAUCGCUUGACACCAAUGUCGAUAAAUGGCAAAAAUACGGUUAUUGAAUAUGAGUUUUAUUGACUAAUAUGAAUCUAAAGCCCGUAUUCACAAACAAUACUAUGAGGAUGUACAGUGCACUUGAACGCAAGGUGUCGGCUAUUUUAUAUCUUUCUUUAGCCUUGUUCAGCUUUCUUAAUCUGACAGCCAAUUGCAGUAGGAAACGGCUUGGUCGGUAGACAACGGCUUGGCUGUGCCUCUGACAUUGUUUUAGUAUGGACCAAAGCAAUGUCUAGCAGCAAUGUUGGUUGGUAGACUAAAGCAAUAUAUGCUGACUCACUAUUACUACCGCUCAUAUAUUUGCCUACUAAGGUAAUAAAAAAAGCUGUAUUUCAGUAUUAGCCAAUCCAGUGAUUGGCUAAUAUUGAAAUACUGUCCUCCUACUCUUAUGCACUGCGAAAGAUGUCAUGCCGAAAGUACUGAGACAGACUAGCAUUGUUCAGUCCGUACGCAAGUAACGUUUGUGAAUACGAGCCAAUUUUCAAGCAGCUGUCUCAAUUCACUCAACAAAUAAACGAGCUUUUGUCUAUGACAAUAGAGUUUAUAGAUUUAUCCCUAACCAGAAGUGGAAUGCUUAUUAUAACGACAGGUUGACAUGAUUUCCACACGUCUGGUUACAUGCGCAGCGGGCUAUCAUCACAGCAUAUUAUUUUUGUUAUUGCUUAUAAUUAUUUAGUUUAUUCGAUCGGUUUGACGUAUUGUUACCAACGUUUAUGUAAACUACGUUUGCAGGUUUUGUAAGUGUAUAUAGUACAACACGAAGCGUGAGUUGGCGCCGGGCGGACAAAAUAUAUCGCUCGGCUUAGAAAUUAUAUUCAUUAAAAUUUAUAGAAGCUUUCACAAAAAAAAAAAAACUUGUAUCAAAAAUACCUCUUUAUAGUGAUCAAAAAAGGAUUCGAAGGGUUUUUAGAUAUUAAAACUAAAUGAAAGAAAAAUAUGUGGUAAGUUUUUUAAAAUGAUGUUGAAGUUUUGUAAUGAUAAAAUGUUUGUCAAAUUCUACAUACCACAGUUAUUGUAACAGUUUUCACGAUGUUCUCUCGUACAAUUAUAUUGUAAAACCAUUGGAUUGUUAACGUCGUCGGGAUUCUAUAGAGUUGAUGAUACCGGCUCCCGUAUAGUACAAAUGCAUUUAAUCGAUUUUUGUUCCACGGACCAAUGUUGUUAUGGUUAUAGAGUUAAUAUUCUGUGCUAUUAUUAGUUAUAAAUGUUAAAACUGAUAGUCGACUCGUUUACAUCUUAGACGUGUAUGUGUAUUAAAAAAAUCGUCUCGAACGUAUAGUACAAAAUAUAAUUUAAAAUUUCUAUAUAAAUAAAUAAACUGCCUUCACUCAGCCAAAAACAUUAGUCAUAGCGUUGGCCAUUGCCAAAGUUUGUACACAACUCUAUAGAAUAUCGUCAACGGUGGCUAACAGUUAUUAUUGGAGUUAUACCGAAGUUAUCCAAAGUUGAAAUAAUGUUGUUAACAUUAUAAAACAUUUAAAUAAAUAUUGUCGCUUGUGUAAAUUCGCUACGUGGUCUUGUUUUAAACAAGUUAUGAUGUUUCAAACUUUUUUUAACUUAGUAUUUUUACACUGCGUAUUUAUAGUGUAGGUAUAGGUUGGGCGUCCAGAUUUAUAAAAAUUAACGACGAGUUUUAGCAGUCGAUUACUUUUUAACUUGUUUUCAUAUAUACUGUUAUCUUUUUCUAUAUUCAAUUUUCUUGAUUGCAUACCAAGAGCACUGUUUUGAUAAAAUAAAUGGUCAUUAUGCAUCAAUAUGUACCAUAACAAUUUAUGUUAACAAAUGCUAGAAUCAUGACUUUAUUUAUUUGAAAAAAAUGUUAAACGCUCUUUUUACAGUAAACAUUAUAACAAAAUAAUUACAGAAUACAAUUUUAGACAUUUUUUGACAACGUCCAACCAGAGAGAAAAAUAGAAUAGUCGCGCGAGACAUAUCUCUUCUGCCAGCCUGACCGCGCAGCCGAAUACUUCCGGAAACGCCCGAUGUCAUCGACUAGGAAAGCGGCGCGUAACAAUAUACUAUACUAAUCUUUGGGUGUGGCCCAUGUUCAGCAGUGGACAUCCUGUGGCUGAUGAUUAUGAGGGUAAUAUACUAAGAUAUUCUAAAGUAAAUCAUACCAAGUCGUGACUUCAAUAAAUUGGAUUUAAAGGAAAUACUAAAAUACAUACGUUUGAAAAUAUGUUCAUUUGAUUUUCGCUUUAGUUUGCUUCGAGAUGUCUCAUUACGAAUGAUUUACGGUAUAGCCUAGCGUGUGUAUUUAUUUCAUGUCGCAUGCAAUUUCGUGUUAUACAGGGUGUUCUAAAUAUAUACAAAGCAAUGUUUUAAAUUUAAGACGCCAUAUAUUAUAUACAAAUAUUACUGGAAAAUAACAAUACGAAAUGGGGGUAUGAUUGGGUGUUUCAAAAUUGUGCAAGUUCAAACAUACGUGAAAAAAUCUUUGAUCAUUCUGUUUAAGUUAAAAAAAACAAUAUUUGAAUAAAGUUUUUAUUGGUAAUUAAAUGUCUGUACUCGAAAUUUAUUUAAAAAAUAAAGUUAUCUGAUCUUUACUGAACACAUAUUGACAAAAAAAGAAACAAAAAUGCGUAGUCAUAAAAUUAUCCCUAAAAAGAGGUAAUUUUUGGCCAUAACUUACAUUGAUUCUUAAUUCGGUUUUUUUAGCGUCCAUUAGUCAUACAAAUUAAUACUUUUACAAUGUGUUACUGUCAUUCAUUACCAUCAAUGUGACGUAUGAUCUGCAUAGUAUUUGUUACUUACUAUGUGUAAUGUCCAUAAUUUAUGCAAGAUUUGUGAAAAUUUUAACUCUUAGCUUUAUUCUUUACAUAUAAACAAAAAUUCGGACUGCACAUUUACAUUGUCUAAUCUCUUGUAUUAUAUCCUAUUUCUGUUUUUUUAACUAUCUGUGUACAACCAAAGCCACAUCUAAAAGAAAAUAAGGUGUGUAUUGGGAUAGUGAGAUUGACUCAUACAUUGGUCUGUUUUAGGAAAAUUAUUUUUAAUUUGUUUUAGGCAUGAGUUUGGUUUAAACUUCUGUAAAAUAGUCUAAUGGACGCCCAUCCUUCACAAAUAGGUAUAUAUUUUUCUACCUAAAACCUAAUCCUAGUACAUCUAAAGAAUAACAUUUAGGUGUAUUAUUGGAGCCCUCGCAACGUUUCCAUGGGAACGAGCCAUUUUGACGUAUUCUGUUGUUUUAUUUUACGUGUUUUCGGACAGUGUGUUAUAACAAUGUUAAAGGGAUUUAGACUACCGCGGACGGUGUAACAUAGCCUUAAGCGCAUAGUUAAGAGUGAAACUAUGAAACAAAUGAAUAUAAAGGUUAUUCCUCUA